UUUUCUCUCUGAUCAAAACUCUAAAAUCCCUAAAAGGUAUAUGUAGGGAUAUUAAAUUAAGCUUUAUGUCUUUUCCGUUCAUGAGUGGUGUUGACUGAUUUUUACUUCCGGUUGUGCAUCAAUAUCCUCAAAUUAAUAUCUGUAAAUAAAAACCUUUUUUUCCACUUUUAAUGUAGAAAAGGUAACUGGCAGAAAGUGCAUCAAGUUGAGAUGAUAAAAUAUGUGCCAUCAUUUUAUGUGUCACUUUAACAAUAAUAUUUAGUGUUAUUACUAUUUACGAAGACCUACCCAUAACUACGUAGCCAGCACUUGAUUGAUUGUAUGAUUGACUGCUCCAUAUCUUCCUGGAAUUGGCAGUGUGUUGUUGGAGCAGGCCAGCAGCCCACCCGGCUGCGGGGGGUUUGACUGACAGGUGAAUAGCCCAGUGUGUGGUGAGGCGAUGAUUCGUGGGCAUCCUGUUUCUCUCUCUGCUGCUAUGUGAUAGCCAGAGUUUUAUUCCGUGUCUCAGUCAGCAGACAUGCAGCCUCCCCUGCCAAGCUGUAAGAGCUGCCUUGACCGCAAGGAAGACCAGAUGAAACAGUGCCCUGCUAUCUGCAACUGAGUUUAAUUGGGGUUGAACGGGCAUCAUGUAGGCCGGUUAGGAGAUGAAACUAAGGGGCUGUUACAUUUCUGUUGGCUGUUGUCUUUCAUUUCUUCUUGAAGGUAUUAAUAAAUGCUCAAGAUGAUUCCAAUUAUCUGCCUGGCGAUGCUGCUUCCUGAAGUGGCUCACUCUGCUGAGGGUCACUAUGCCACGAAGCUCCUGAAUGAUUUGAUGGAGAAUUAUUCCAACGCCUUGCGGCCUGUGGAGGACACUGACCGAGCCCUCAACGUCACGUUACAGAUCACUCUCUCUCAGAUCAAAGACAUGGAUGAGAGGAACCAGGUGCUGAUUGCCUACCUGUGGAUCAGGCAGACGUGGAACGAUGCGUACCUGAAGUGGAAUAAAGAGGACUAUGACGGAUUGGAGGUGAUCCACAUCCCCAGCAGCUUUGUGUGGAGGCCUGACCUUGUCCUCUAUAACAAAGCUGACGAUGACUUCUCGGGGCCGAUGGACACCAACGUGAGACUGCGCUACAAUGGAGAGAUAACCUGGGAUGCCCCUGCCAUCACCAAGAGCUCCUGUGUGGUGGACGUCUCCUACUUCCCCUUUGACAGCCAGGAAUGCAACCUCACAUUUGGUUCCUGGACCUACAAUGGCAACCAGGUAGACAUCAUUAUGGGCAUGGACAGCGGUGACCUGUCAGACUUUGUGGAAAAUGUGGAGUGGGAGUGCCAUGGGAUGCCGGCCACCAAGAAUGUCAUCAUGUACGGCUGUUGCUCUGACCCGUAUCCAGACAUCACCUAUACAGUGCUCCUGCAGCGCCGCUCCUCAUUUUACAUCUUCAACCUCCUCCUCCCCUGCUUCCUCAUCUCCUUCUUGGCUCCCCUGGGCUUCUACCUGCCUGCAGACUCCGGCGAGAAGGUUUCCCUCGGAGUGACGGUACUUCUGGCUCUCACUGUGUUCCAGCUAAUGGUGGCUGAGAGCAUGCCUCCAUCCGAGAGUGUGCCCCUCAUUGGGAAGUACUAUAUUGCCACUAUGACCAUGGUCACAGCCUCCACAUCUCUCACCAUCUUCAUUAUGAACAUCCAUUUCUGUGGUGCAGAGGCCAAACCAGUCCCCCACUGGGCAAAAGUCCUCAUCAUCGACUACAUGUCCAAGAUUUUCUUUGUUUAUGAGGUGGGUGAGAACUGCGCCUCUGCCUCCUCCUCUACUUCGUCUCUUCACUUCCCCCAGGAUGACAUACGUCACAAACACCCCAGCUCCCAAAUUCAUGUGAAUGGUAAACCGGGGAACCAGAGUCACAAAUACCCAAGACCUCAGACCCCCAAGCCGCAACACCAUCCCAGAGUGAAAGCCCAGCACCAUAUCACUAGAGAAGAGAGGAGCCACCUCUUCAGCCCUGCACCUGGGAAAUAUGAAGGCUCUAACGGGAAAUUCCCCACAGGGGAUUGCUGUAAAGAAGACCAGAAGGUCCCCUGCUACCCUGCAGACCAAAAGCUUCUCUGCUGCCCUGAAGACAAAAAGCCACUUCCUCAAGGCCCCACUAUUACCUUUGGUCCCUGUGUGUUCUGUAGCUAUGGCAGCAGCAUCCCUGGUGUGGACACCAAACUGGUGCGCAAUGUUGAAUAUAUCGCCAACUGUUUCAGAGAGCAGAGGGCCACAUGCGCCAAAGGGGCAGAAUGGAAGAAGAUCGCUAAGGUGAUGGACAGAUUCUUCAUGUGGAUCUUCUUCAUCAUGGUUUUCCUUAUGAGCAUCCUCAUCAUUGGCAAGGCACCGUGACCAAGCAGUAAUGCUACAGUUUUUUUUAUAUAUAUAUUUGAUUUAGUGAACUCUUUUUUUGUCAAAUAAAAGUCAAAGAGAGUAUUUUGUAUUUUAUAAACAUGUUGUAUGCUGGCAUAUAUAUGGAAUUUGUUGCUUUUUCUUUAUUCAUAAUAGAAAUAUAGAUUACAGUGAUUUGAAAAUAAACAAAUUUUAACUUUGCAUUCACUGUUUUUGGCAAUGUACUUUGCAAUGGUAAAACCCCUACUUUUCUUCACAUAAUAAUUUAAUGUCCUGUACUGUACAUUACAUUAUUUGGUCUUCAUCUAAAACAAAACAAAAUGGGCCAGACAUUGAUUAUUUAUCCAGGCAAUGCAGAUAAAUUAUCAUAAAAUGGACUUCAGUUACAACGAACUAUGCACUGACUGCAUUUUAGCUACUUGGCUUCCUAUACAAUCCUUACCAUGUAUAUUAAUAGCAAGUUGUAAAUAUACAGCUUAUUACCCUCCUCAUCAAUCAUGACUUUGAUAUACAGGUAUACUUUAUCACCUGACCAUUGAUUGCACGUAACGGGAUCUGCUGUCAAGUUAAAAUAUGACCAGUGGAGACAGCACAUGCCUUAUUCACUACUGUGAAAUAAGAUGCCUGGGGCACAGCGCCAGCGAACGCUCAGGAUCUGCAGAAUCAUUUUUUUGUUCAAGAUCCAGUGAAUAGUUCAUGAGCAAGCUUUGUUUGUAGCGCAGCCAGGGCAGUGAGGAUGUAAGGUAAUAUGGAGCAUCAAUAAUGAAACACAACGAGAACACUCUGACACCCCCUCUUCCAAAAACCCCAUACCUUGAACUUGGAAAGUCAAGUGAAUGUGUUUGUGUGUAUAUAUAGUUGUGCACAGAUGUGGGGAAGGAAGAAUAAAAAAUAAAACCUAAUAUUAUUGAUACAGCUGAUAAACUACAUUAAUUCAAGUAUUGUACCAGAGUUAUGAUGCGCUUGCACUUCCCUUAA